AUGGCCGCGUACUUACUUGAAUGUGGGGCCAAUCCCAAUGCUCGCUCUGAUUUUGGCGAUACUGCGCUACAUCUUGGGAUUAGGGGCCGGCUUCUCGGCCGCGAAAAUGACGAUAUAUGGCAGGGUGGUCAGUAUGCCGUUGAGUCAUUGGCUGACUUGAUCGACGAUCAUGAGGGCUCAGAAGCUUCUGAUAUCUAUCGAACCAUCAGCGAUACUAGGGUACUCAUUGUUGAGACACUCCUGGAGAGCAAGUCUAUUAACGUCAACAUGGCUAACAAUCAUGGGGAUUACCCCCAACAUGUGAUCGACUUCCGCCAACCUCAGGCAUUGUCCAUUUUGGAAAAGCUUAUAGAAAAAGGAGCCGAUGCAUCACAACCGAACCACGCUCGUCAGACGUGUCUUCACCUCGCUAGCCAGGCGGGAAACCUAGAAGUAAUUCGCAAGCUCGUGGAAGAAGGUUAUGAUAUCAUGCUAGAGGACUCCAAUGGGCGGAGCCCAUUCAAUUACGCAGUCUCCAGUGGCCAUCUGGAUACCCUAUACUUCAUGUCAAGAGCCUGCGAUAGUGUGCUUUCAGUGACUUGGAAUUCCCUUGACCACUUUGGCAAAAGUCCAUUACAUCAUCAUGUUGCCUCUGAUAUUUGCUCUGUUGAAUUUGUGGAAUUCCUAAUACAGCUUGGUUGCGAUGUCAAUCUGCCUGACAGGGACGGCAAAUCGGCCUUAAGUCUUUAUAUGAGCUCAUUUCACUUAUCAAUCCAAAGUAAGAUAUUUCAUUUUCUUGUCAAGAAUGGGGCUGAUCCGCUCUGGAUCAAUGAACAAGGACAAACACUGGCACAUCUCACCAUGCAUUAUCAGGGAGAAAAGACCGAUGUCCUUAGCUAUCUGUUUGAUGUGGGUGUGGAUCCAGCGACCAGAGAUAUUGAUGGGAAAACAUUGAUGCAUCACGGAGCGAUUCAUGGUAUUUUUACCGAAAAUCUGGUGGACUUUCUUGCUCGCGAAGGUGUCUUGGACGUUUGUGCGACGACCACAGACUUGGUCGGCAAGACUCCGCUCGAUUAUGCGGAAGAACUAGCGCAUCGAAAUUUAACAAGAGAGGUGUAUGAUGAUGAUGAUGAUGAUGAAGGAUGGGAGGACUUGUAUCGUAAUGAAAGAUGGGGAGAGUCGUUGAAAAAUCUGAAUGCAGCACUUGUAUCACGUCCUGGAGAAGCUUCGAGGUGA